AUGUGUCUAUUAAACAUGUUGAUUAAGCUGGAGGAAGAAGUUGCUAAUUUGAGAGCAAGCUGUAAAUAUGGGAUUCAUACGUUAGAUUUGUGUAUCAGCACAGAGCUGUUUAAUGAAAUAUCGGUCCCUCCGUCAUGGUAUCAGAAUGAAAUGGUUAGAUUAAAUCAGGUAGUAGCCGGUAUGCCUUCAGAAUCCUUGGUUAGUAGACUGACUGAUUAA